AUGGGAAAACGCAGUCACGAAUCAGGCGAGCCUCGGCCGUCAAAGAAGUCUAAGUCCGACAAGCCCAAGUCCGACAAAUCUGAAAAGGCUUCCAAGUCCAAGAAAAGCGAAGACGAAAAGCCAACAUCUUACACUGAUGCUGCCGCUCUCACUGAUUUGCCUCAAUCCGAAAUCGAUGCUUUCUUGACCGAACAUGUGAUCAAGAUCUCCGAUCCUACACCCGACGCUCCCAAGUUCCGUCCUCUCCUUUCCUUCGAUCAUCUGCCAGAAUGCGAUCCUACCGUGCUCGCCCAGCUGAAGGCUUUCCCCAAGCCCACCCCAAUUCAAUCCACUACCUGGCCUCUGCUUUUCGCCGGUCGUGAUGUGAUCGGUAUUGCGGAAACCGGAAGUGGAAAGACCAUGGGUUUCGGUGUGCCCUGCCUCAAGAAGUUGCUGGACUCCAAGCCUUCCAAGAACCCUUGUCAACCCAGAGCUGUCAUUAUCUCCCCGACCCGUGAGCUUGCCAUGCAGAUCUACGACCAGCUUGUCAAGUUUGGCAAGAACGAGAAGACCAAAGUCACUUGUAUUUACGGAGGUGUUGGAAAGGACGAGCAGCGUCAUGCUCUGAAGACGGCUGCUAUCGUCGUUGCUACCCCCGGUCGUCUGAAGGAUCUCAUGAACGACGGCUCCAUUGAUCUCGGCAAGACCAACUACCUCGUUCUGGAUGAGGCGGAUCGUAUGCUUGAUAAGGGAUUCGAGCAGGACAUCAAGGACAUUGUCAAGCCGAUGCCCUCUUCUCGCAGACAGACCGUCAUGUUCACUGCCACUUGGCCCCGCUCUGUCCGUGAUCUUGCGGCAACGUUCAUGAAGACCCCGGUCACUGUUACCAUUGGUGGAGACCCAUCUGCGGAUCCUCGCGCCAACCUCCGAAUUAAGCAAGAUGUCGAGGUCGUGGACGGCAGAGAGAAGGAGAGCAAGCUUGUCAACCUUCUCAGAAAAUCCCAGCGUGGUCAGAACCCCGAGAAGGUCUUGGUCUUCUGCCUUUACAAGAAGGAGGCCGUCAGAAUUGAGAACCUGAUCCGCAACAACGGCUUCAAGGUCGCCGGUAUUCACGGUGAUCUGGGUCAGGCAGAGCGUUUCCGCAACCUUGAUGCUUUCAAGAAGGGCAACGCUACUGUUCUCGUUGCCACUGAUGUGGCCGCACGUGGUCUUGAUAUUCCUAACGUGAUGUUGGUCAUUAACGUUACCUUCCCUCUCACUGUUGAGGAUUACGUGCACCGCAUUGGCAGAACUGGACGUGCUGGCGCGAAUGGUCAUGCCAUCACCUUCUUCACUGAGAACGACAAGGGACUUUCAGGAGGAUUGAUCAACGUUCUUAAGGCUGCUAAGCAAAACGUGCCAGAGGACUUGAUGAAAUUCGGUACCACUGUCAAGAAGAAGCAGCACGACACCUACGGUGCCUUCUUCAAGGAUGUUGACAUGGACGCCAAGGCUACUAAGAUCACCUUCGACGAUUGA